GAGACAGCUACCAUGCUUGGAGUUCACCGUGACUGGAGCAGUAACCCAUUCAAUAGUCGGACUAUACUGUCUGUUAAAUCGAUAUGAAAGCAUUUUAGAAAACCGUCACCCUUCAGAGUGAUUGGACUUGGGUGGAGGAGGGCAUAAAGAAUCAUGAACAUGUUGGAAAAUGACCUGGACGGCGAGGUGCAGAGGCAGAUUGACCGGGAGGUGCGCAUGCGUGAGGGGGCCAGCAAGCUUCUGGCAGCCUGCUCCCAGAGGGAACAGGCCCUGGAGGCCUCCAAGAGCCUGCUGACCUGCAACGCCCGCAUCCUGGGCCUCCUCAGCCAGCUUCAGAGGGUGAAGGAGGCGCAGGUCCUCCAGAGGGCUGGACGCAGGCCAUCAGAUGGUAGGUCACUGGAUUCCAGGCUGCCUUGUACAGGCCGAGUAUCAAUCUCAGACUUGAGAAUUCCACUCAUGUGGAAAGAUUCUGAGUAUUUCAAGAAUAAAGGAGAGCUGCAUCGCUGUGCGGUUUUCUGCCUCCUGCAAUGUGGCAGAGAGAUUUACGACACAGACCUGGUGAUGGUGGACAGGACACUGACAGACAUCUGCUUUGAGGAGGCCAUCUUGUUUAGCGAGGUGGGCCCGGAGUUUGAACUGCGAGUGGAGUUAUACAGCAGCUGUGUGGAGGAGGACUUUGCCCCCGGGGCAGCAGGACCCAGGAGACUGAGCCGCCUGGGCCUCAGCGGGUCACUGGGACGCUCCUCUGGAAGGAAACUGCGGGCCGCCCUGGAGACUGCUGCGGGCUGUGGGGCCAAUGGAGGAGGGCCAGGGGGAGAAGGGGGAGCAGGAGGAGGGACCACGCCCCAGGUGCCUGCUCUUAAUCCGCAAGGGCCCAAGUACCACCUGUUGGCCCACACUACACUAAAGCUGGCCCAUGUACAGGACAGCUUCAGAACACAUGAUUUGUCUAUUUCAACGACAGAGGACAGCUCUUACUGGCUGCCUCUCUACGGCAGUAUGUGCUGUCGCCUGGUCGCCCAGCCGCGCUGUAUGACCCAGCAGGUCAUCUGCGGCACUCUGAAAGUCAAGCUUGAAAAUGAGCCCGAAUGUUGGACCGAUGUCUACGGUGUCCUCAAAGGAACACAUCUCGUGCUUUUCCAAAGUCAAGAGGAUAUGGAGGCUGGAGAGAAAGGGUUAUUCACCAUCACCAUCAACAAGGAUACCAGCAUUUGCGUGUCAGAGAGAGGCUCACGACAUCACACCCAGAACAUCUGCAUCAACACAAACCAGCGUGGAGAGGAGAGGACACACACCCUGGCCACACACACCCCCCAGGGCACACAGCAGUGGAUGGAGGCCUUUGGGCAGCAUUUCUACGACAUGAGCCAGUGGCAACAGUGUUGCGAUGACCUCAUGAAGAUAGAACCGCCAACUCCCAGGAAGCCCCUGCUGGUGACCACUAAGCAAGGCUCCCUCUACCAUGAAAUAGUGACAUCCCCGUCUCACUGUGAGGGUCAUGUGACUCCGGAUGUGUCUGCUGAGAUGCGUUCUCUGUUGUCGUCCUAUUACAACGACAACAGGUGAGAGUAUCAGCAUCAACACAGGUUACUAAUUGCUGGUCUGGUGGCACAAUGACAAGGACUCCUCCCUGGCUUCGAAUGAUGGUUUCAUCAUCAAAACAUUUCCGCCAUGAUGCCUCCUCUAACAUCCAUGCCAAGAGCAAGUAAGAGGCUGGAGGUGACUUUGGUAAUAGCUUGCAGGCCAAGUCUAUAUUGGAUUUAUAACCUCCUGUUCCUAAUAAUGGUUGUGCUGGAGCCAUGAGAUGGAUUUUGUCUUACGGAUCAACUUACUCCCAUUGUGCCAUUUCAUAAUGAAUUCCCAGAGUGAGAAAAGAGAGGUAGAAAGACUGCAUUCAAAGAAAGCUUCUUUUUUUAUGUCGGUGUGAAUUUCACAUACUUGGGCUUGAGGCCUUUCUAGAAGAACCACCAAACGGAUCCAAAUGACUUUGGCAUUUUCUGAUCUUUCUAGACAUAGUUAGUGUAAAGAGGAAUUACACAUUUGUUUACUUGCACACAGUUUACUGUAUAAUUUAAUCAGUAGUGUAAUGACAAUUUACCAUUUCAUGACAUAUUUUUCUUCUGUUAUUGUAUUAUUUUUGAUAGGGGGUUAUUUUGACUAAAUGAACAUGUAGAACACUUUCAUAAGCAACCUGUAACACCUGGAAUGUCAAUAUAAACAUACUUAGUUAUGUGACCGUAGCUUUGUACAUGAAGGUGAAGGAUUGUGGAUUUACACAGUGACACAAAUGUUUGCACAAAUCAGUUUUCUAUUAGGUAAGUGCAUUAUCUUCAUUGUUUGGGUCUCAAUAGGAGAUAAUCCUUCAAUAAAUCCAUCAAACAAUACUACACUUGUGAGGUGUGUCCUAGUGGUAGGUUAGUCCACUCUCCAGGAUGACAUGUACAUUUACUACAGAACCCAAUACACUUUCAGAAACAAAAUGUAAAGUAUUCACUGUAUGAAAAGAAAACUCAUCAAGUAUAAUUUUCCCCAAAAAUACAUGCUGGAACUUGAAAUGGCACAGACUGGAAUCAUAAUUGAGUGUGAAAUACUUUCACAUUACAAAAAUAUAAUCCAUAAAUAUGUGUUAGUAUCCACUAUUCUGUAAUGUUGCAAAACUAUAAAUAAUAAAUGUGUCCUUUACCCCCAAAAUGAUCUGUAUUGGGAAACAAAAAUGGCACAUAUGUCAGGUGAAGAACUUUAUAUUGUAAUUGAUCUUUUGUUGCUUUAUUCUUACUUUUCCCUCACCUUUUGGGUUUGCAUGGAUACAUUUCCAAUUUAAGAAAACAUGUCUUAGGAAGUUGACAACAAUAUAGCAAAUAUUAUGUGUGGGAUGAACUCGGAAAAAACUGGAUUAAAUUAUUAGGCAGGUGGCAUGUCAAAAUAGUUAGUACUGUGUACACAGUCUCCAGAGUUACACUAAAUACACAUUUACUUAAAUUAGAAAGUUCUUUUCGCAAAUCCAUCUGUGGGACAUUAUCUAAAUAUCCAGUACAAAAUAACAAACAACAAUCCAGUACCUGCUAUAUGCAUGCACAUUUUAGAAUUUGUUUGAAUUACAAUGUGUCCUACCUUCCUGGCAAAUUGCCACAGUUGAUUGGAUAAAAAUGUGAUCUUAAAAGAUUAGUGUCGUACUCUGAAAUUACUGUCAACUAAACCAGCAUAAAUGCUUAGUGUGUAUAAACAAGCAAGGCAUCUUGCAGGCUGUCAUACUUUAUGACAUACAUUAUAUGUGUGGUAUUACUUCAAGAAAUGGUCUGUCCUUAUAUGUUUGCCCAUUCCCAAUAAGGAAGCAUCAGUACACUGUGCAUCAAUGAGCUGAUGAUUUGAAGAUGGAUCAUCAACACUGCUCGGAAUACGCCCAGGGAACAAGGAAGCAAAAAGCCUUUUUUUCCUGAAACCUCAGUGUCUAAAAUAUCAAAAAUUAUUUCCUUCACACUGCAGAUAUCUUUGUAGGUUAACACACGUUGACAUUUAAAGAUAACAAAACCAACAGGUGGAUAAACAAUUAUCUUCCUGGUUGCAUUCUGUCAAUUGUACCCACCUGUUCAAAAGACAUUCCUUCCUGCAAACUGUAGGGCAACAGAUUGUUUGAAGAGCCUAAUGAUGUCAGUCAUGCGAUGGUGUUCUGUACAUCCUUAAGAUAGCCCUCACAUCUUGACACAAUAAAACAAGCAUGCAGUAUCUUGUCUCAAAAGAAAGGUUCAGAAUUGAUUCCUGAUUAAUAAGGAAAUAAUCUUAUUUACAUGAGGUUUUACCACUAGUUUGUGACUGUGUGUUUCUCUGAGUGAUCUUCAAACAAUGGUCUGGUGAUGUUUGCUGUAAUGACAUGUCUGAUACUGUCUUUUCAUUCAUCAUUUUUUGGAAUAUAUUUCCAAAACUUUAAUUAAACGCUGGAUCAUUACAUUGUAAAAAGUAUCAAAAAACGUAAUUGUUCAUAUUUACAAACUUGCCACAAUAUGUUGCUGACUAUAACAAUAGAAAAGCCAUUCCCAAUAUGAAUCUUGAAUCACAAUUCAACUUUUACAGUUUGUUUCAGUUCAAGAAUGUAAAAGCUGAUCCUGGUCCUUGUGAAACCAAAUACAUAACCAGUUUUCCAAAAACAUGCUUAUUAGUUAUACAAAUAUAGCUUAAAAGGUUGCUGUAUGAACCCCAAUACAUUUAUAACAAUAUGUACAAUGCUCAAUAGACUAGAGACUUUCUCAUUCAUCUUUCAUAUAGUAUAUAAAUGCUACCAGUUUUAACGUUUUACUGCUUCACAUGUUUAGAACCCUGAGUAUUAAAAAAAAGACCUUCAAUUUAGAAACAAAAA